UUGAUUUUACACCAUUAUAAAUAAAUAAAUAAAUAAUAUAAUCUCUCAAACCCAAAUUAAAAAAAUUAAAAUUAAAAUAAAAAAAUCGAAAUAAUAUUUCCUUACUCUGUAAGAAACAAUUCACUUCUUCUUCGUCUUCGUGGAAGAUUCAAUCAAUCAAGGUUUUUUUCUGUUUCAUUUUUUGGGUUUCGACUGAUUGGGUUGAUUGAUUAUCCAACGAUCAAGAACCCUCCCUUUUCGGAGCAAUGUUCAAGUUCUGGGGUUCACAGGAGCAACAAGCUCAGCCACGUCCGCAAGAGGGUUCUUCACAUUCUUGGUAUCCUCCUUCUGUCAGCUCUCCUAGUUCUUCCCGACCUAUGACUCCUAGUGGCAGUGCUUCUAACAGCUUCAACUUACAGAAGCCUGCAGAACGGCCACAUUCUUCCUCACCUGUUUCACCUCCUGAAGCUGCAGGAAUCAUUGCUCUUUUAAAGGACAAAAGUGUUGAUGAAUUACGGAAGCUUUUGUCUGACAAGGAUGCAUACAAUCAGUUUUUACUAUCAGUUGACCAGGUUAAAAUCCAAAACAAUAUAAGAGAUGAACUUCGCAAGGAGACUUUGCAGCUUGCUAGGAACAAUGUGGAUAAAGAACCACGAAUAAUUGAGCUAAGAAACCAGUGCAGAAUUAUCCGAACAACUGAACUGGCUGCAGCUCAGGAAAAACUAAAUGAGCUUGAGAAACAGAAAGAAGAGAUUUUGAAGUUCUACUCCCCCGCAUCAUUUAUCAAUAGGCUUCAAGAUGCAAUGAAUGAGACAGAAAAGGAAUCAGAAAUUGUGCACAGGCAGCUCCUUGACAAGGAGAUAGACAUAGGGACUUUUGUUCAAAAGUACAAGAAGCUCCGAACUACUUACCACCGGCGAGCUCUCAUUCAUCUUGCAGCUAAAACAUCUCCAUUUGGAUGAUGAGAAAACCUGGAGAUAGUUAUCCAUUGUAUACCUUAUUAGUGAGAGGCUGUUGCUUGUUCUUGGUGUAUGAAAUUCAUAUAUUCUCACUUUGUUUUAGGCGAAAAGCCGAAUAAAACCUUGGAACUUUUUCCGAUCGAUUAAA